AUGCCGAUUACCGACCAAAUCUCCCGCGGCCUCUUCAAUGGUUUAAUACGAAAGAACGCUACCUACCUGACCGUGAUCUUCCUUGGCGCUUUCACAUUCGAACUGGGAUUUGAAGGGGCAACAAACGCUUUAUGGGACAAUUGGAAUAAGGGCCGACAAUGGAAGGACAUCAAACACAAAUAUAUGCAGCAGGAAGAGGAAGAAGAGUAG